AUGCAGACCUUGCGGGAGGUCCAAAAUGCGCGUAGUGACCUCGGAAGUCACAGCAACCAGUUCCUUAGCCCGUACAGACUGCGGGAGUUCCGACCUGCGCGCAGUGACCUCAAAGAACAGACUGCGGGAGGUCCGACAUGCUCCCAGAAUGACCUCGGUGGUCGCAUCGCCCCGUCUCUUGGUCACAAUGACCUUGCGGGAGGUCAGACUUGCGCGCAGUGUGACCUUGGAGGCAUCGCCCCGUGUCUUAGCCCGUACAGACUGCGGGAGGUCCGACCUGCUCGCAAUGACCUACGGGAUCGCAUAGCCCCGUUUCUCGCAAGUACAGACCUUGCGAUGUCCGACCUGCGCGCUGGGAUCUCGGGUACAGUCGAGCACAACGUCCGCCGACCAACAACAACAGUCACGCAACCGAACCGUGUGAAGUCGUAUGUACUUUCACAACUACAUUUUGUACUUUUCGAUCACAAAGUCAUUCCAACAAUACAACUAUCGUGCAGU